CUCCAUCCGCGCAAGCGCAAUGGAUGGGAAUCGCUCUUGACUCUCCACGCGCGCGCGCGCAGCCUAGCCCGGCGGUUGCUUCGACGACUGGAAGGCGUGUUUCUUUAAAAAAAAAAAAACAGCGCUCGAGUGCGCCGGCGUCGAUAGGGCGCAUGCGUCGAGCUCGCGACUGAGGCAAGCCCACCUUGCCCUUUCUCGGAUAACUUUUUUUUUCCCCCGAGACUGAUUUUCCCGCCUCGGCGCCGACGGGCUUGGUGGGCGCAUGCGCAGACUGAGCCGUGGCUGUUGCUUGGAGAUACGCAAAGAAGGAAGCGUGGAAGGAGGCGUGAGAACCUAGGCGCAUGCGCUGUGGGAGGAAGAAGGAAGGCGGGUAAAGGGAGCUGUGGGAAAGGCGGCUGAGCAUGUCCAUCGUAACCAUUCAGCUGGGUCAGUGCGGCAACCAGAUUGGGCGCGAGGUGUUUGAUACCAUCUGCAGAGACCUCCACAGCUCCCAGGGGCUCUGCUCCAAGAAGGAGAAUGACUCUUACCAGGCAGCUUGUAAAGAACGUUUCUUUGAGGAAAAAGAUGGAGGUAUGGUUGCGCGGUCUGUUCUGGUCGACAUGGAACCGAAAGUGAUCAACCAGACGUUAUCCUUCGCCUCCAGAACUGGGAAUUGGAGAUACGGCCCCCAGUCUGCCUUCUGUCAGAAGCAAGGAUCAGGAAACAAUUGGGCACACGGGUACUGCGUCCAUGGCCCAAAACAUGAAGAUGCGAUCAUGAAUCUCAUUCAGAAGGAAGUGGAGAAGUGUGACCGGCUAAGUGGCUUCUUGAUGAUGAUGAGCAUGGCUGGUGGGACGGGGUCGGGCCUGGGGGCGUUUGUGACGGCAGCCCUAAGAGACGCCUAUCCAAAUUCCUUCCUGCUCAACCACGUUAUCUGGCCAUACGGAACCGGGGAGGUGAUUGUCCAAAAUUACAAUUCCAUCUUGACGCUGUCCCACUUAUACCAAACCUCGGACGCCCUUCUGGUACACGAGAACGACGCCGUCCAUAACAUCUGCCUGCAGCUGAUGAAGAUCAAGCAGGUUUCCUUCCAGGAUGUCAACCGAGCGAUCGCACAUCAGCUGGGAAGCGUCUUCCAGCCAGCGUACUCUUCCAAAGAGCCAGCUCAUUACAGCAGGUCACCUCUAGGGGAUCUGAUGGAAGCUUUAGUUCCCCAUCCGGAAUUUAAGAUGCUGGGUCUCCGGAAUAUCCCUCAAAUGUCCGAGAACUCCCUGGCCUACACCACUUUUGCUUGGCCUGGGCUCCUGAAGCACCUCCGGCAGAUGCUCAUUGCCAACGCCAAAAUGGAGGAAGGUAUUGACUGGCAGGUGCGGCCUCCAACCAGCAGAGCUCCUGCAGCUGAGAAGCCCUCUUCAAACCGGACGGUUAAUUUCAACACUUCGAUUGCCAAUUUGGUCACUCUGCGAGGGAAGGACGUAGAGAGUGCAGAUCUAGGGGGUUUCCAGGAUCCAGCCUUGUACACUCCCUGGCUGGACCCUCCGCAGGCUUUGAGUAUCUGGAGCUCACCCAGAGCCUUCAACAAGUAUGAGAAGUCAGCCUCCCUGGUCAGCAACAGCCAAUUUCUGCUCCAUCCACUCAACAGCCUCGUAGGGAAGGCUUGGAAAAUGUUCGCUUCCAAGGCUUACAUUCACCAGUAUUCAAAAUUUGGGAUUGAAGAAGAUGACUUUCUGGGCUGUUUCACCACCUUGGAACAAGUGAUUGCCAGCUACGGCAGCCUCUGAUUUCCCAAAGCACAUAAGGACUCCGUGCCUUUUCCAAGAGGACCAAGACUUCCGAUGAGGUCGAUUUUCCAUGCACCCAUCCCAACGAAGGACACAACGCAUUACAAAUGCCACAGCUUCCAUACCUAUGGAGGUCUCUCUUAGAAGCUGCACAUUUUCGACAGAGGAAAACGUUUAAUGACAAGGGGACGAUGAGCUCAACUUUGAAUCAUAUCAGGCAGCCUCGACGAUUGGAGAGAGGCCUUUUUUCAGCCGCGAGCAUCCAUAUUUUCUACAUUCCUGGUUUUAUGUGUUUUGUACUAAACGUAGCCAUUAAUUUAUGACACCUGCCUGUGUGGAUACUCAUUUUUCUUCCUACAGCAGCAACAUAGAUUGGGAUAGACAGGGAACUCAUCAAAUUUGCAGAUGACACCAAACUAGCAUUGCCCAACAUGCCAGAAGAUGCAGAA